UUCUGUCGGCAAGCAUGGAUGGCAAGUUAUUGAAGGUUUGAACGGUAUAUUAUACGUAAUUUAAAUGACAAGAUAUUCCUGUUUUUUGACUUGCUAUGGCCGUCGCGAAAUUGGGUCCUGUGUGUCAGCUACUCUGCUGGACUGUGCUAAAACAAAUAAAGUACUCAAGACCGUUCAGGAAAUCAGCGUCUAGUUUCAUCUCCGGUGGUUUUGCAAAUCACAACUGCACAAUUACAAACCCGAUUUUUUGCCAAUUUUUAAGACAUCAGCGAAACUUUCAUAGUACAACUCCAGUAAUGGUCACAAAGAUUUUGACAGUGGACGAGAUCUUUUCCAUGAAAUCCCUACAUGACUACCUCAAGAGAGUAGAAACGGAAUAUGCUAACUGUUUGGAAGCAGUGAACGCUGCAGACAUUCACACGGACGACGAGGAGUUAAGAACAAAAAGGACAAGAAUGUCUUUUUUAGGACCGUUGAUCCAAAAAAUUAAAGAUUUAGAAAUAAAACGGAGGGAAUUUGAGGAGACCGAGGAGUUACUGAAAGAGAAUGACCCAGAUCUGCGUGAACUUGUACAGAGAGAGCACGAGAAUUGUCACGCAGCCAUUCAAGAAAUGAAACAAAUAAUUCUCUCUCUCCUGAUCCCUGAGGAGCAGUCAGACAUGAGUGAUCUGGUACUAGAGGUUACAGCUGGGGUUGGAGGUCAGGAAGCCAUGCUUUUUACCGCUGAAAUAUUUGACAUGUAUCAGAACUUUGCUGCUUUCCAUGGCUGGAACUUUGACAUUCUGGAAUUCAUGCCAAGUGACAUAGGUGGUGUAAGGCAUGCCACAGCAAGCAUCAGUGGCCCAUUGAGCUAUAAAAAGAUGAAGUUUGAAGCAGGGGUCCAUCGUGUUCAGAGGGUCCCAAAGACAGAGAAACAAGGACGCACACACACAAGCACGAUGACAGUGGCAAUACUACCACAGCCAUCAGAGAUCUCUUUUACUAUAAACUCUAAAGACCUAAGGAUAGAGACAAAGCGAGCCAGUGGAGCUGGAGGACAACAUGUUAACACGACUGAUAGUGCUGUGAGGAUUGUCCACUUACCAACAGGCAUGGUGUCAGAGUGUCAGCAGGAGCGUUCCCAGAUCAAAAACAAAGAGAAGGCCAUGAAAGUGCUGCGGGCCAAGAUCUACAAUGCAAAAUUGGAGGAGGAGACCAGUAAGAGAUAUCAAACUCGCAAACUUCAGAUUGGAACCAAAGGCAGAUCAGAAAAAAUCAGGACCUACAACUUCUCUCAGGACAGAGUCACUGACCAUCGGAUUGGGAAAACUCUGCAUGAUGUACAUUGCUUUUUAUCAGGGGAGGCGCUUCUGGAUCAAAUGAGUGUGUCUUUGCAGCAGUUUUCUGAACAAGAAGAUCUCAUAGACAUUCUGGAGAACAAAUGACUUGGAUCAGAAAUUUUAUGUGACUGAUUUAAUGAAUGCAUUUUGUAAUAUGUAAUGUAUAUGUAAUGCUUAACUGAUAGCAAUCAUGAGUUUUCUUUUGUUUUGACAACCGUGGUUUAUGAAAAGUGAGACUUUGUCUUUAACAGAUUCACAAAGAACAAAUUAUAUACAAAUUUAAUUUGUUUAAUUUAACCUGUAUACUAAUUUCUCCAGAAGACUGUUCACAACACUAUAAAUAAUCAGAUGUAAUGGUGUGACAAGCUAGCUGCAGGUCAUAGCCAGAAAACACCUGGAAUUUUAUCCUUAAGCCUACUUUGAGCUGUUUUGUGCUGUACACAAAGUAAUUUAUUCUGCUGAACACGUUACUGUACUGAGGCUAAAGUUAGUUCCUCCUACACCCCUUGGGUUUCUUAAGGGUACCCUGGCCCAGGCGUAGAUGCUUAAAGUGCUUAUGUGAUUUAGACUAAGGUUUACCUUCCUGUUUAUCAAACUACUGCUCACCCAAACCAAAAAUACAUUAAUUUGAUUCUUUAUACACAUGAAAAAGUCUGAAUAAAUUCUGAAUCAAUACCAAUGUUUCACUGUAUUAAGAAGUACUGUUCUUAAUGGAUUAUUGUACUAUGAGUACUGUACUAUGCUGAUAUCUAGAGAGCCUUUAUUAUUCUUUCUGUAUAAAAUUAUUUGCCAGGCCCUUGUGUUAGUGCCUGCUUUUUUUCAUGGUCCCCUGAAAGAAAUGUGCAGAACUAAAAUAAACAUAAAAUGGCUUUAUCAAAUGGAAAUGUU